CUCAUUUAUAAAAAAGAAAAAAAAAGGUAAAUCGAGCGGUGCCGUUCGGAGAUUUUCUUGCUUUAAACGUUGUCGAAGUCCAACAUCUUCAUUUUCCGGUAAUCACCUUUUUAUUCCGACUUCAAAAACGAAAAAACAAAAAAGCAAAGAACAAAACAAAUGAAUUUCGAGCGGCGAAUUGAACAUCGGAGUUGAUUUUGAUUUUGAUAAAAAAGCGUGUUUUAUUUCAACGUUCUUGUUUGUUCGUUCGUACAAUCCAAUCCAAUACAAUCCAAAUUCCAAUGCAAUGGCGACGACGUCGUGUUUAACGCCGACGCAGAGGUACGCCGCCGGAGCUCUCUUCGCCCUCGCUCUUCACCAGGCGCAGGUCAACCAGACCCGCCCUUUGGGCUCAGACGAUGAAUCCGCCGACGACCGCCCCAGCAGUUGCGGCAGCACCGACUCCGUUGCCAACCACCCUGACCUCUGGGUCCACGAGCUCUCCGGCCUCGUCCGCCCUGUAUUCCGGUUUUUGGAGAUUGAAUCAGUGGCAUGGUCCGGACUUGAGGAAACCGCUGGAUCUUCUCCAGCUAAGCAUCAUGUUGGAGCAUUUUUAAGGUUGCUAGCGGAGGAAAAUGAUGGGACUACUUCUCAAAAUUCUGAUCAAGAACUUGCUCUGUCAAGAGCUGUUGAUGCCAUGUGGCGUAGCAUGGAAAAGAGUUCUGAAUCUUCCGAGUCUAAGAAGGAAAAACAUCGUGAAUAUGAAAGUGAGUGUCGGGAGAAAUGUUCAACCGCUGAGGUGCAAUCGAACAUGGAAGCAGCUGGUGUAAAAACGCAAGUUCCGCCUAAGACCGAUGGAGAUAGUUUACCCAUUGAAGAUGCGGUUGAUGGGUCCAGCAGUAACGUCGAUGAGAACCCCAUAGAAGAGGUAAUGAUGCUCAGUUAUCAGAGGAAAGUGACGGCUCUCUACGUGCUUCUCUCAGCUUGUUUAGCGGACACACAUGCAGACAACAAAAAGUGUACCCGUAAACGAAAGGGAUAUGAUGCUCGACAUCGUGUUGCUCUACGAUUGCUAGCAACUUGGCUUGAUGUCAAGUGGAUUAAAGUGGAAGCUAUCGAAACAAUGGUUGCUUGCUCUGCUAUGGCUUUGGCCAAAACGGAAGAGUUAAACGAAGAACAACCCCAAUCGUCAGAUAGUAAAUGGGCCAAGUGGAAGCGUGGUGGUAUUAUUGGUGCAGCUGCAUUAACUGGGGGAACAUUGAUGGCAAUUACUGGUGGAUUAGCUGCCCCAGCAAUUGCUGCAGGACUUGGUGCUUUAGCUCCAACAUUGGGUACUCUCAUACCGGUAAUUGGGGCAAGUGGAUUUGCUGCAGCUGCUGGUGCUGCAGGAACUGUUGCGGGAUCUGUUGCGGUUGCUGCAUCUUUCGGAGCUGCUGGAGCUGGACUUACAGGGAGCAAAAUGGCUAGGAGAACUGGGAAUGUUGACGAAUUUGAAUUCAGACCUCUAGGAGAAAAUCAUAACCAGGGGAGGCUAGCAGUUGAAAUCAUGGUCUCGGGAUUUGUUUUUGAUAAGGAAGAUUUUGUAAGACCUUGGGAAGGACAGGAUGACAACUUGGAAAGGUAUGCGCUGCAGUGGGAGUCUAAGAAUCUAAUUGCAGUGAGCACGGCAAUUCAGGAUUGGCUCACAUCAAGAAUUGCAAUGGAAUUAAUGAAGCAAGGUGCAAUGCUGACUGUGUUGAGCACUCUUUUAGCAGCGCUUGCUUGGCCAGUGACAUUACUUGCAGCUACUGAUUUCAUAGAUAGCAAGUGGACUAUCGCUGUUGACAGAUCGGACAAAGCAGGAAGGUUGCUUGCUGAAGUAUUAUUAAAGGGAUUUCACGGGAACAGGCCUGUGACACUUGUAGGUUACUCGCUUGGAGCAAGAGUUAUUUUCAAAUGUCUUCAGUUUUUGGCUGAAACGGAAAAUAAUGCUGAACUCGUAGAAAGAGUUGUUCUUCUCGGAGCACCCAUUUCAAUUAAGGAUGAGAAAUGGGGGGCUGCUAGAAAGAUGGUGGCUGGAAGAUUCGUGAAUGCCUAUUCUACAAAUGAUUGGACGCUUGGAGUUGCUUUUCGAGCUAGUUUGCUUACUCAAGGAUUAGCUGGAAUUCAACCAAUAGACGUCCCGGGAAUCGAAAAUGUUGAUGUUACGGAUCUCAUUGAAGGCCACUCUUCCUAUUUGUGGACCACACAACGUAUCAUAGAGCUUCUCGAACUGGACGCAUAUUAUCCUGUUUUCCGGGGUUCUAAGCGCAUAGAGUACAAUGUGUGAAUAAAAUGCCAUGUUUAUAUCAUGGAGAAGUCACAGAAUCAGUGCUCCAGAAAAGUAGAAUGAACGCUAUUAUAAAAGGGAAUAUUUGAGGAUAUUCUGUGACCAUGUAGAGAAAAACGACUAGUGACUGUAUCUUAUUUUUUGGCCGGAUAUUAAUUGACACAGCCUUCCAUAGUAUUCCGUGGAAGCAAAGUUGGGGAUUUAUAUAAAAUGGGUAAUUUGCACAAA